AUGCCGGUGCUUUUGCGAGCGGUCGGAUUUGGCAGGUCGUCCAACAACAAUCGAAAUCUGCGGCCCGGCUCGGGGGCAUCCAACGACCGUCUCCGUCGACCAUCUCAACUCUCAGCUGGCGCCCAAUCAUCUGCAACACGACACUCAAACCCAGACAGAGAUAAAGUUGUUCAAAGUCGACUCCAUGAAGAACCAGAAGAGAAAGAGCCAGAAACAUGGGGGAAACGGUUUCAUCGAAUGUAUAAGGAAUAUCAUAUCAAGGUAAUUUCAAUUUACCUGUUCCCACUGAUAUUCAUAAUGUUCUACAUGCUGAUUGGAGCAAUUAUAUUCUAUUUUCUGGAAAGUGGGACUGCUGAAGAAGUUGCUCAAGAGGAGGAUUAUAAGUAUAAACGAGAACGUCGAUUAUUGCUUCUCCGAAUGGAAGAAUUGGUCCAAGAUGCAGCAAGUCGUCGUCGAAAAUUCCGAGAAAAAGCAUUGGAAGAAGCCAUCGACAACUACGAACAAAAAUUGGAUUUCUCUGUAAAAAACGAGUCUCAAUGGACUUUCAUGUCAGCUAUGUACUUUGCGGGAACCCUUUUCACAACUAUUGGAUACGGAGACAUUGCAUGUACAACGUCUGCGGGAAGAAUUGCUACCGUAAUCUACUCAUGUGUUGGAAUUCCAUUCAUGUUGAUCACUUUGAAUGAUUUGGGAAAGUUUUUGUACAAUAAUAUCAAUGGAUGUGUAAAAGGUUUCGAGGAUUUCACAACGUACCUUGGAGCGUUUCGUUUGUGCCGAAGAGGAAACGGAAACUUCCCAAAAGGAGAUGAACUGGUGAAUUUGGAAACUGGAAAUCCAGAUAUCCACGUGGAAGUCAGCUCAUUGGCAUCAGAAUUAGGAAGUGAACGAAACGAAAGUGACUAUGAAGACAUUGAGGAUGAAGAGGAAAGAGCAAUGCCACGGAUGAGUGUGAAAGUGGCACUUGGGAUUACUGUAGGAUGGAUUUUCUUCUGUUCGGCACUUUUCAAGCUUUGGGAGGAUUGGACGUAUGGAGAGAGCUGCUAUUUCAUGUUCAUUUCGCUGUCGACUAUUGGAUUGGGAGAUGUUUCAGUGCAGAGAAGAGACAUGAUGGUCCUUUGCUUCGUUUUUGUCAUCGUUGGCCUCUCACUUGUCAGUAUGACAAUUAAUGUGAUUCAAGUUGCAUUAGAGGAUUUCUAUGUCAACUUGAUCAUGAAACUCAUUUUGGAUUAUCAGGAAAAAAUGGCGGCAGGCGGUGACCAAAUGGGAGCAUCUGUCGGAAUGAUGAGAAUGUGGGGAAACAACAAAACUGCGAAACUUCUGAUGCCAUUAUUGAGUAAAGAGAAAAAGAAGAUGGCUAUGGAGAAAGUGGAAGUGAAGGCCAAGAAUAAUGGAAUCGAAAUUCCGGCGAUUCUAACGGAUUUGGAUGAAAAGUCUGGAAUGCCUAAAUUGUUCCAUAUUGAGGAGCAGCAAGAAGGAGAGGAGCCACCAAAGAUUCUCGAAGAACUCGUCCAAAAACAAAUUGAAAUCGAAGAAGCCGCGGCAGAGAAUGCCGUUCUGUUUGUGGCUCAUGACGCCAACACUCAGACCGAUAUUCUUCUACAAGAAGAAAAGUGUCAUCAAACCGAUGAGAAGCAGUACGGAGAGGACGCAACACAGACCGAGGCAAUGCAGUUGGAUAAUCUGGAAUGUGAAACUCAAACUGAAACGAUUCACAACUCGAUCGCCGAGACUCAAACACUUAUUGUCGACUACUCGGACUCGGAUACAAUGACACAGCCAGUGAUUUCAAAUGAGUCUGAUAGUCAGACAGAAUACGUGCAGACCAAGGAAGAGGAACUUCAAACGUACAUCGAUACGAAUGACAUGGAGACGUUGACGGAGAUCGAGACGAAGAAUGUCAGGAUUCAGACGCCACAACCUGUUAUUGAGCAGAAAUGUGUGCAGACUGAUGAUUUGCACGAAGACCGAAAGUCUCCAUCAAAAAUGUCAUCUGCCAAAAAACGCCUACGACGAGCGUUCGCCGGAAAAUCGAAGCCGACUCGAAACAGUUUAGAACAUCCGGUGAUGAGUGAUUGGAAGGAUGUGGAGGAAAGUGAAACACAACAAGAUGAGGAAGAAGAAGAAUUGGGAUCUGUGGAGAGUCUUCAUUGGGAUCCAGUUGAUGGAAUGCAUGCGGAGAAACAGUUGCCUGUCAAAAAGCUGAAAGCAUUGUUUGAUUCUCCAAAAGGACAACGGAAAUUAGAACGACGAGUAUCGUCAUUCAAUAAAAAACGAGAGAAUUCGAGGUCCCGAAACAAAUCCGAGUAG